AUGUUCGUCCCAACUUUAAUCCUCUCCACAACAGCCCUCGCGGCUCUCGCGUCGGCACGGGGCACCAUUGUGGUAACCGUGGGACCCACGAUCCCGACCGACGCGCCCGAGUUUGUGCGCGAGGACCUGUUCACGUCGGCCGUGCUCAACUCGACCAACACGUACCGCACCCAACACAAUGCAACCGGCGUGACCUGGAACGCGACGCUCGAGGACUAUGCCUCGGACUACCUCAACGCGUCCGACUGCGCGUUUGCCCACAGCGGCGGCCCCUAUGGCGAAAACUUGGCCCUGGGCUGCUCCAAUGCCACGUCGUGCGUCGAGGCCUGGGGCGACGAGCGCAAGAGUUAUGAUUUUGGCGAUCCCCAGUUCUCCGAGGACACGGGGCAUUUCACCCAGCUCGUCUGGAAGAAUACCACGGAUGUGGGCUGCAGUCGCAAGCUGUGUGGUGAUUCCGGCUGGUAUCUGGCCUGCGAGUACUGGCCCCGCGGCAAUGUCGAGGGUCAGUAUAGCGAGGAGGUCAGUGCCGAGGAGGGAAGUGAUGCCACGAGAUAUAGGCCGCAAGUGGUUGCUAUCGUCGCUGCCAUUUUCGCCUUGCUGUCGGUAUUAUGA